UGAUGUUUACCUCUCCGGCGUGUCUCCUCCAGCUAUGGAAAAGUAAUGCUUCGGUUUAUUGACGAUGUGUUUUAUGAUUAGCAGAUAGGCAAAGCCGCUAUGUUCGUACCGCAGACAUCCAAAGUGCUGCACGUCUAAUGCACUAGCUAACGUCAGGUUAGAUAGUUAGAGGCACAGCUUUCUCUGGUCGUCGACACUAAGCGGGUAUCCUCUCCUCUCCUCUCCUCUCCUCUCCUCUCCUGCUCCAUGAUGGCGAUGUUUCGGAGCUUUGUCUCGGCGAGCACCCAGCUCCGUCAGCAGCCCGGCAGCGGCUCGGGCUCGUUGACAGCGCCGGCCGAGGGCGUCGAGAGCCAGUUCUCAUGUCCCAUCUGCCUGGAGGUCUACCAUAAACCCGUGGGCAUCGCCAGCUGCGCUCACACGUUCUGUGGGGAGUGUCUACAGCCAUGUCUUCAGGUGACCUCGCCCCUCUGCCCACUCUGUCGCGUGCCCUUUGACCCCAAGAAAGUGGAGCGCUCCUCCAGCGUGGAGAAGCAGCUGGCCUCCUACAAAGCACCCUGCAGGGGCUGUAACAAGAAGGUGGCUCUGUUGAAGAUGAGGUCCCACAUCGCUUCCUGUUCUAAAGUACAGGAGCAGAUAGCUAACUGUCCUAAAUUUGUCCCCGUGGUGCCCACCUCCCAACCUAUACCAAGCAAUAUUCCAAACCGGUCAACGUUUGCGUGUCCAUUCUGUGGAGCCAGAAACCUGGACCAGCAGGAGCUGGUGAAGCACUGUAUGGACAACCACCGUAAUGACCCUAAUAGAGUGGUAUGUCCAGUGUGUUCCGCCAUGCCGUGGGGAGACCCCAGCUAUAAGAGCUCCAACUUCCUCCAGCAUCUUCUCCACAGACACAAGUUCUCUUAUGACACCUUUGUUGACUACAGCAUCGAUGAAGAAGCAGCACUGCAGGCGGCUCUGGCACUGUCUCUGGCUGAAAACUGACGGCAGUCCCACUACAACCAUCCCGUCACCAAUAGCAACAACUCUACCGUGACGGCCGUCCCCUCGUCCCUCUGCACCGCUGCUGUUACUCCAGAAGGUAUCAACUGAACAACAGAAGCACCUGACCCAGCCAGGUUCACGUCACAAAGAUGUCCAAACCAGCUUUGGAUUUGGUGAUAAACUUACUUCCUUUUAUUAUUAUUUUUUUCCUGGUGUAGCAGGACAGCCAGUUUGUUACGCUGCAAAAAGAAAGCAGUUUGGAUUUUCGUCUUCCCUGCUUGUUUGAUUUCAUGCUUUGAAGACAAAAACAUCCGGUGGGCUUGGAAUGGAUCCAGUGACUGUAACAGGUCAGGCUACAGUAAAAAAAACACCAACCGCUCACAGCUUCAGUUCACCUGACAGCUGCCGUCUGGACCACCACAGCAUGAGGGGCCACCUCCAGGGAAACAUGACUUGUGUGUGAGCGGGAAUAGCCUGAAGCCUGUUGACUCUAAAACCCUCAUCAGUCACUGGCUACAAAGAAAUGAAUGCUGGUAGUCACUUUAAGUAACUUAUUGUGUAGGUAGGUCUGCGGUGAACAAGUUUGAAUGGGCAAAUUCACUUUCUUUGAUAAGUUAAUGGUAGCUGUAACUAGCACGCAAGAGCUAAUAAGGACGUUUUUUGUAAAGAUAAACAGAAAAAAUUAAAAGAAAGUAUAGAAUACAAUGAAUCACUCGCCAAUGUUUUCAUCUCCACUUCUGGAUCUAACCACUCCAGAGUUGAUGUGUCGUAUUUUGCACUUCCUCGACAAAACAGAAUCAUAUGAAUUUAAAACGCAGGCUUUUGACCAUAUACACAACCGAAGAGUUCAUCCCGUUGCCCAGCUCUGUAGGAAGGUCAAGAUGAGUUGUCCACUGAGCUGCUUGAAGUCUGGUAGUUUGGUAACACCUGCAAUGGUACUGGCCAUGAUGUCUCCUAACGGUCGUGGUCAGUAGGUGAGAUGUUAGGACCCCCUCAGGAGAUCGUGCUGGAGAGGCUCAACUUCAACAGAAGGGUCUAGCUGCAGAGCACCAGGCUCGGGCCCACAUCCUCCUACGGACCCUUUGGCCCCCGAGCUUGGAGAAGGCAGUGAUGUCUGAAUCGGGAUAUGAUAGCACACGUUGAUUAGAUUGAAUGAUCAACACGUCCUCCACCAAUAACACCAAGGUAAACAAUAAACCCUAAGUACUGUGAUAAGUGCACAGAUUGUAAAGCCCUCUGAGGCAAAAUUGUGAUUUGUGAUUUUGGGCUAAACUAAAUAAAUCGAAUUGAAUUAGAUAGAACUUUAGCUUAAUAUUGCUAAUGUAGCGUUAAGCAGCAGUUAACUUGAAUUAACCUUAUGACUAUAUGAAUAUUAACGUUAGCCAGCCAUGCUAAGGUUGUUAGCAAACUAGCAUUAAAGUUUGCUGAAAUGAUUAGCGUUACAUAAAGGUUUUGCUUUUUUCCCCCUGUUGUUGUGCUAACGUUAACUUCAGUUUGUUGGUAGCUAGCUAAACUUAAAUAGUUAGUACAAUGUAUUUGCUGUUUAACGUGACAUUACCUGACUUUAUAAGUUGUAGUGAUAUUGAAAUAUUUAGGUUGCAGUGUUUAGCUAGGUGUUGUUGGUGGGGGUCGUCUGGCGUGGGCGUGCUACGAUGUAUUAAAUACAUGCUCAGUAGGCUUCUUUAUUUAUUAACGAUAAGCGUUAAUUCACUGAGCAACAUCGUGUCAUUUAAACCUUUAUUGAUAAGGACAUGUCAUAAACGUGUAAUUCCACCUUAACACGAACAAUAUGCCACGUUCUAUCAUGGGUCUGUGUUGGAGAUGGAGGUGGGUCCCUGCGCCGGAGGUCCCUGAGCCUGGAGCUCUGCAGUGGGAAGCUAUCGGAAUUCAGUGUAACAUUAGUCCUCCCAUCAUCUGGCCUUCUAGUUUCACUGCGGUAACCUGUUUGUGCUGCUCCGACAUCCUCCAUUAUUUAAAGAGACUCUGGACAGGACACACAGAGUGACAGCUGUCCCUCUAAGAUAUUGAUAAAAAUGUCAUAAAAAGAGUGUUGAUAAAAAGGAGAAAGU